AUGGUCAUCGGUUUCAAUGGCCGCAGUAAAGAUUACAUACUUGCUCAACAUCUCUUCACAAGUUUCAUCUGGACUAUCGUUGACCAUCUGCCUAAGAACGUCCUUCGUCAGAGUGUCUUGGAACGCGAGCAAGAUGGAGACUUCGAAGGCCGUUCUAACAACGUUCUGCUCACAGGAUCUCGUUCUAGGCUGCGCGACCGUACACUGGUCAAGCUUGUUCGCCAGCUUCAGGAAUUCGGGCUCGGAAAUGAAACCGAUAUAUUACUUUGCGUAAUCCCAGCGUUCAGCUUCAGGGACCUACUGCCAAAUCAUGCCCUCCUGGAAACGAUCCCUCAGAUUCGCCAUGGCAAGAGCUUAGUGGGGACCGCUAACGGCUACAUCAAAUUGCUAGAGCAGAGUCUUAGCAUAGCGCCAUAUGGAACUACUGUCGAGGGGAAGUUCUGGUACACCCUUGUGGUCGCCGCCAUUGACUUCCUCUUUUUUGCUUCCGAGCCUUAUGACGAAUACAUCCAGGCACCUGAAGAGCUCCGCACAGCACUUCAGGACGUUGUGCUAUUCGGUGGUGGUGAAGAUCUUCCCGGCUGCUUAAAGGCCCUGGAAGUCCCUGACAAGAAGCUGGAUUACGUUUUUUUUGAGGGUAGUCUCGGGUUCUCUAAGUCGUACAGAGCUGUAUACGAAGCAUUUACUGAGAAUAAGAGGAACGCGUACGAUACAGUCGGGAUCGACGGGAUGAGCCCUCUUCACUUGGCGACAAAGAAUGGUCAUGCUAGAUUGGUCGAGAAGAUCAUGAAAAAGAAGCGUCUACGCACUACAACUGGUGUUGACUUCUGGGGACGCGCGGCAAUCCACCUGGCUGCUAGCCAUGGCCAUGGUGCCAUCACGAAACUCUUGUUGGGCAAUGACUCACAAUUUGACGCAGUGGACGAGAUCGGAAAGACACCUCUUGAAUAUCUAUUGAAAGUUGACAGGAGAGCUGCCAAGAUAAUCGAGAAGAGGAACCAUGAAGAUAACACAUGA